AUGGCAUCCAUUGCUUUAAUAUUAGAGCAGUUGUCUACUCGCCUAGAUCAACAUCUUACGUCCUGCAUCGACGCACUACAUGAUGGAGCCGUCUUACUCUCCCAAGAUGUGCACGAUCUCAGCAGGGAUGUUCUUGCGACCUGGGGAGAUGCUGUGGGGCCCCGGUAUGGUUUCCGGGCGGAGGACAUCCAGAAUUAUCAGCACACUCAAGGCAGGAGGUCUGAAUCUGUCACGGCUCAAACGGAGGAGGAGGUAGAUCUAGCCAAGUUAUCUCACACUGCACGCAUAGUAAAAGCGCUAGUGAGUACAGAAGAGGCUCUUGUGCUGGGAGAUAUACAGCAGCCGGACCAACUGAACAGACAGCUCAGUCUGUUUAUGCCACCAGAUGAUGAUGGUAGCCAUUAUUUGAUAUAUCAGUAUGCAGGAAUUACAGAUCCGAGGUCUGGGUUCUUCGAGUUUGUUGCAUUUGGGUACGUUGAUGACAUUAUCAUCAUGCACUACCACAGCGACACCAGAGAAGCUCGACCGGGGACAGAAUGGAUGAAGAAAAACCUGGGUCCUGAAUACUGGGCGAGUGAGACCAGGAUUGACCGAGGUCAUGAGGAUUUGUAUAGAAGUAAACUAAAGAUAGCCAUGAAACGCUUUAACCAAAGUGAAGGCUUACAUGUUUACCAGUCCAUGUAUGGCUGUGAGCUGCGUGAGGAUGGGAGCACUACAGGGUACACACAACACGCUUAUGAUGGCGACGACUUUCUGAGCUUGGAUAAGGAUCGCAUGGUCUACGUGCCCUCCAUGGAUGAAGCUCAGAUCACUACCCAGAGGUGGAAUCUUGACAGGAGCUUUGCAGAGAGGCGGAAGCUUUAUUUUGAUACAGAAUGCAUUGAGUGGUUACAAAAAUAUGUCAACUAUGGGAAGGACAUUCUGGAAGGAAAAGUAAAGCCCAAAGUGAAGGUUUGGGGUGUGACGUCAGAAGGUGUUGUUAGGCUUCACUGCCUUGCUUAUGGAUUCUACCCUAAACCAAUAGAUGUUAAGUGGACACUUAAUGACCAGGAUAUUCCAAUAGAAGAAGCUAAACAGGUCCUACCUGAUCCAGAAGGAACAUACCAGGUCAGACUCACUGUGGAAGUGAUUCCUGUAGAAAAUCAGAUAUAUACUUGCCAUGUGGAUCAUAGCAGCCUGUCAGAAGAAAUCAAGGUCCCAUGGAAUCCCGAGCAAGCAGCGAUAUAUUACAAAAUUAUAAUAGGUGGAAUUGCCGGACUGGCUCUACUAAGUAUUUUGAUACUGGUGUUCAGAAGGUGCAGAAAGAUUUAUGGGGCAAAGGAAGCAAACUAUACUCCCACAUCAACUGCUGAGCUUGACAAAGGAAAUUCUUCAGCCUCCUCCAGUUCAUCAGUGUGAAAUUGUACAAGUUACAUUAUAAGUGUAAUAAUCUGCAGAAUGUUUUCUUUUUUUACUAUAAAUUGUAAGCACUGCUGAGUAGGACUCUAGUUUUACAUUAAAUUAAUCUGCUGCUUUA